CCAGGCAAAUCUCCGUCAUAAUUUGAGGAGGACUUGAACAGACGUCGAAAAGAAGACUCCUAACGUAACCAUAGUUAGCAGGACUACUUCACGGCGUACUUGUACUUACUCUCGUAUCAGAAUUUGGGUUCGACUGUACCAUGUGUGGAAGAACUGCAUGCACUCUUGCACCUGACGAGGUGAGCCGUGCCUCUUCUUACAGAAACCGAGGGGGGCGGCGGAGACAGCCCCGCUGGAGGGAUGGAGAUGCUGACAAAUACCGACCCUCUUACAACAAGAGCCCACAGUCUAUGAGUCCCGUCCUGCUGUCUCGGAGACAUUUUGAUAAGGAUGCUCCUGCGGAUGAAUGUGUGCUGGCCUCAAUGCGAUGGGGUCUUGUACCUUCCUGGUUUAAGGAGGACAACCCUAACAAGAUGCAAUACAGCACCAGCAACUGUCGCAGCGAGAACAUACUGCAGAAGAAAACUUACAAGGACCCCAUGAUAAAAGGCCAGCGCUGUGUCAUCCUAGCUGAUGGGUUUUAUGAGUGGCAGAGGCAGGAAAAAGGCAAGCAGCCUUUCUUCAUCUACUUUCCUCAGACUCAGGAGAAAACCAAGGCUCAGGAUGACACCACCUCAAAGGGAGAUGAUGCACAAGGUGAGUGGACUGGAUGGAAACUGCUGACGAUGGCUGGAGUGUUUGACUGCUGGACACCUCCAGGAAGUGGAGAACCACUUUACACGUACAGUGUAAUCACUGUGAAAGCUUCUCCAAAUCUGGAAAAUAUCCAUCACAGGAUGCCAGCAAUCCUGGAUGGAGAGGAAGAAGUGAGACGAUGGCUUGAUUUUGGCGAGGUGAAGUCUCUGGAUGCUUUGAAGUUGCUUGAGCCUAAAAAUGUCUUGACUUUUCAUCCUGUAUCUUCAGUGGUAAACAACUCGCGCAACAACUCUCCAGAGUGUCUCCAGCCUGUGGAUCUUAACAGCAAAAAGGAGCCCAAACCCACAGCUGGCAGUAAGAUGAUGACCAGCUGGCUGAAGAGCGGUGCACCUUCAAAGAGGAAGGAGCCCGACGUGCGUGAGAGUACGGAGGAUAAAGCAAGCAAGCCUAAAGGAGGGCUUCAGCAGUGGCUUCAGGGAGCCAAUAAGAAGCAGAGAAUCAAAUGAAGAGUCAAAGCUUGGACUAAAACUCUGCUGUUUAAAAAAAAAAAAAAAAGACACCUAGGUCUUGUUCUUCCUCGAUAACUUCACAAACAUAAAAAUGUUUUCGGGUUUUUUGUUGUUGUAAACCUUUUUAAUGUAAAUAAAAUAUGCCACACCAUCUGUAUAUCAUUUCAAAAUGUUAUCAACGAAUGGUAGAAAUAAACACAGGAUGCUUUA